AUGGUAAUCCCUAGUGAAGCCAUCCUGCCUGCCCAACGCGGUUCCGACGAGGAGGUUCUGGUAACAGAAGAGCCUACGCAAGCAGCUGCACAACUUGUCAACACGACCUUCUCCGAAUCGGUUCUGAGCGAGGAAAGCUCCAUCUUCAACGCUCCGAGGACAAAUUCUGGCGCUGAAGACACUGGCCAGAAGUUCGGUCCCGACACUGGAGCUCAUGGCAGUCUCGAUAGCAGGAUAGUAGCCAACAUGGCCAUGUUCAUUCCCCUCGCCCCGGAAGCACCAGAUCCCUCCCAGCGGCCGAAUCGAGAACCGAAGUAUCUGACGGAGCAGAAGACGCAGUCUUCUGGCUGGCAUCCUCAGCUAGCACCGGACAGUCGUGUGCUAUCUACAGACGAAGGCAAGGCGAUAGUAUUAUCAUCACCGCCGGACGAGUCACUGAAACGAAGUCUCUUCGACGCGUUGCGUUUACAGAAGGCAGCCAGCCUCAACGACGCCGAUGACACCGGGAGAAUCUUCAAGUGGCCCGGAAGCCUUGACUCCCCGGUGAGCCCUGUUCUCCCGACUUAUCCGCCGCCGGUGAGAGCGCCUACGCCUCCUGGGCUCCCAUCGUUCGGCACCAGGGAAGCAAUUUACUACUCCGCUCAAUAUCCAGUCCACUCUGCCACGGCCAGCGGACAUACCCAGCAACCAGAUUCCAGCAGAAGCCCUGGCAGGCGCGGCAUUCAUGGAACCCGGACUGGGUCUUACGGCGAGGCACUGCGCAGGCUUCUCAGCUUUCCGUCAUCCCCUCCGACACAGCCUAGACGGCAGACGUACGCCGUUGCAAGAGCAGCAGAUGGCACGGCUGUUCAAGGUCGUUUCCCAUAUCGACAGAGUGGUCAUGGGAUGAAUCUAGCCAGACGCUUGGAAGACCACCCGUUCCAUCGAAGUGAGGUUUUGGCCGCUCGGGGUGACAACGUCAACGUUGAAGGGUUUGUUACACAACAUGCACAGGUAAACCGGGAAGACUGCGAUUUGAAACAUGCCCAGCCUGUUGCUCCCUCGAGCCCAGGGGUAGACAGCACGCCCAGAGGUCGCCCCCGAUUCGCCCUCAACAGCUUACUACCGGCGCCUCGUCCAGUGAUGGCCGACACUGCACAGCGGCCUGCUUCGGCGAAUGCUUCUCUCCCGACAUAUCGGGUCGACUCCUUUCAUACUUGCUUUUCUCUUUCGCAAAGUCCUGGCGCACCAACCCCAGAUACCCAAGGAGCGGAGAGGGUGAGCGAGUCUCCGGCGUGCUUCCUUGCGCCUACCCAGUCAGCCCCGAUAUCCGCGGCACUGGAGGCCUGCGGAAGGGUCAGCGAGCCAUCUCCUUGGAGACAACCGCGACGCAUCAUGAGAACUUGGUUCUGUUGCUGCCCGGGGGAGAGAAAUGAACAAGAUGCCGCCGUGUAUUCAAACACAUCCUCCAAUGAGACGUACACAACUGCGAGGACCCAUCCAGGUGGAAACGCAGCAGACAAUCCUCGCACUGGGGCUCCCGAGGAUCCAGCCCAGCGCCCGAUGUCGUGGCUAUUGGAGACAUGGAGGGGGUUCCAGGUGUUUGCUUCCCGCAAUCUCCCGACUAUGAGUCUGCUGCCAGCUUGA